CGUGUGACAUCCGUCUUUUUGGUCCCGUGACACGGCUGUAAUUGUUAGCAGUCAGCAAGAAACGUCGCGGUGUGGUAAAUGAUAUGUUAUUUGUUCUAUGAGCAGUCACUUUCGCCAUUAAUAUAACGUCUGCUGAAGCACGAUGUUAUCUCGUCUAUUGAAGGAGCACCAGGCGAAGCAAAAUGAGCGGAAGGAGCUGCAGGAGAAACGCAGACGUGAAGCAAUAGCUGCAGCCACUUGUUUGACCGAAGCCCUGGUAGACCACCUCAACGUUGGAGUUGCACAGGCAUAUGUAAACCAGCGAAAGCUUGACCAUGAGGUUAAGACUCUUCAAGUGCAGGCAAGCCAGUUCUCCAAACAAACUGCUCAGUGGAUCAGUAUGGUGGAGGGUUUCAAUCAAGCAUUAAAGGAAAUUGGGGAUGUAGAAAACUGGGCACGAAGUAUUGAGAUGGACAUGAGGACAAUAGCAACAGCGCUGGAGUAUGUACACAAGGGUCAGCUUCAGUCUGCUUGCUCAUAAACCAUGAACGUGUGUGUGUUGGACAUUUGCAAGUGAAACUGAAUACACUGGAAUAAAAUUUAAAUCUACUUGAGUUGACCCCUA